GAAUCAUAGAGCAAACGAGCAUCUGAAUCUGUAUUAUACAGUCAGUGAGUCUCUGAAUCUGAAUCACAAAGAAAUGAGUCUCUGAAUCACAAAGAAAGUGAGUCUCUGAAUCUGAAUCACAAAGAAAGUGAGUCUCUGAAUCCCGAUCAUAGAGCCAACGGGAUCCUGAAUCUGAAUCAUAGAGGCAAUGAACUUGGAAAUGCAAACCAUAGAGCCAGUCUGAGCGUGUGGGGUUUUCUUGUAUUCUUGUAAAAUACUUGCAUCAACAAUGUUUUUUUUACUAAGCUGUAAAUAUUAUAAUUUGACCAAUAGGGGGCGACAGUAUGCAGGUUUAUACGCUUCACAUCAUCCACACACAACGCUUAUUUUUUAUUUUAUUUUUGAUUUAAGUUUUGCAAACUGGGUGAAGUUACUGGUUUGACCUAACAUCAUACAAAAUUAAUCCAGGUAUAAUUUUAUUAGGAAUAAAUAUUAACGCUCAACACGGUUAAGCUAAGAACAGGAAGCAGCUCCAGGCCAGAAGAGGGCGCUAUAUGUGGUGUUUAGUGCACGCUGCUUACUAUAGAAUAAGACAAAUCAGACACAUGGCGUGUAAAUAAUCCAAAAAUUAUACUUUUAGGCACAAGUACUUAUCUCUAGUUUACAGUAUGCAUUAAAAUAUAGCAUUUCUUUCUUUUUCUUAAUAAAUUAGGACGCUUGAUUUCUUGCUAAGAGAAUAAAAUUUAAAGGAAAGAUAACCUCCAGAGAUGACGUUUAUCUGAUGUACCAGGCGUGCUGACAUGAGUUUGAAGGCUCUAGUUAACUGUAGGAGGGCAGCAGCAGUCCGGUGUUUCUGCAGCAAGGCUGCUGUUCUUCACUGCAGGACACUCAGUGAUCAUGUUCAGAAACCGGAGCAAACUCCAGAAGAGAAGCCGGUGGAGGAGAGACAGAGGGUGAGGAAACCCCCAGGUGAAGUGUCCGUGCUGCUGUUCCCCGGGCAGGGCAGUCAGUUUGUGGGCAUGGGCAGAGGAUUGCUCAAGUACAGCACCGUGAAGGACAUGUUUACUGUGGCUGAGAAAGUGCUGGGCUAUGACCUUCUCUCACUGUGCUUAAACGGACCCGAGGAGGAUCUGAUGAAGACUGUGCAUUGCCAACCCGCGGUGUUCGUCACUUCUUUAGCUGCUGUGGAAAGACUGAAUAAUGAAAACCCUGCUGCGAUAGAGAACUGUGUUGCUGCUGCUGGUUUCAGUGUUGGGGAGUUUGCUGCUUUGGUAUUCUCUGGUGCGAUGGACUUUGCUGAAGCCCUUUUUGCAGUGAAAGUUAGGGCAGAAGCCAUGCAGAAAGCCUCUGAUGCCACCCCAAGUGGAAUGUUAUCUGUAAUCGGUAGACCUCAAACCAAUUACAAAUACGCCUGCCUUCAAGCUAGAGAGCACUGUCUGUCUCUGGGUAUACAGAAUCCUGUUUGCUCCAUCGCAAAUUACCUGUUUCCAGAUGGGAGGGUUAUCGCUGGACAUCUUGCGGCGCUGGACUUCCUCCAGAAAAACUCGAAGCAGCUGCAAUUUGCUCGGACGAGGCUGCUGCCAGUAAGCGGGGCUUUCCACACUGAGUUGAUGGAGCCGGCUGUGCAGCCUCUGCGCGACGUGCUGCUCCAGAUAGAGGUGCGCCGGCCUGAGGUUGCUGUCCACUCCAACGUCGAUGGGAAGCGUUACAUGCAAGAAAAACACGUGCAGCGGCAGCUGGCCAAGCAGCUGGUGUCACCGGUGAAGUGGGAGCAGACGUUGCAUGAGAUAUAUGAGCGGACUCGGGGCCAGGGGUUUCCUAACACUUAUGAGGUGGGACCUGGGAGACAACUGGGUGCUACGCUGCAGAAGUGCAACAUGAAGGCAUUUAAGAACUACACACACGUUGACGUGGCAUUGCCACAAGACGAUUGAGAAACGUUUGGCAGUGUCUGUAUUUUUCCAAAUUAUCACACUGUCUUAACGAGAUAUGAUACUCGAGCUCCUACUGCUAGCUAGUUACACUUCUUGUAGUCUUAUCAGAUUACAUUAUGACAUUAAAUUUGAUGGUUCUGCAUUUGUGGCAAAAUGGUGUGAAAUGUUUAACUUGGAGAACAACAAGAAUAAAUGGCAAGACAUUGUUUUACGUCCUGUUUUCCAAAUGAUGAUAAAAAAAAAACAGUGACUGUUCCAUCCAACAGCUUUUAUUAUU